AAACCGCGAUGCCGAUCUACCUAUCGAUGUCCUACCACAUACAUAUUUUUUCAGCCAACUAAUUCUGCAAGCGUAGAAUUUUGUAUUCAGUUGUAGGACUCUUAGAAUUUAUAAAUCCUCCAGGCCAGAAAUCGACUAAACCGCAAUGCCGCGCGACUACGACAGAGAUUACAACGAGGACGCCGCCGACUACAAGCGGAAGCGACGCGACGAGGAGCCAGCGGCUACCGGUGCUCCAGAGACUCCUGAGGCGGAUGGCGGCGGACACACCACCAGCCACGCCGCCCUCCGGGACACGCCCCAGCUAAAUGAGAAGACCAACGCCUAUCUACAGGAGUGCCUGCUGGAAAAAAAGACGCUCGAGAAGAAGCACAUCAUCACCAAGCGUCUGCUUGACGACGAGGUGGAAAAGAUCUUGGUCAGCGGCCGCAUACCCAAACCCGAGAUCUAUGCCAACGUGUACAGCGAAAAGCCCAUCCGUGUGGCCCAGAAAGUCUUGUUCCCCAUCAAGGAGUACCCCAAGUUCAAUUUCGUUGGCAAAAUCCUAGGCCCCAAGGGCAACACACUGCGUCAGCUGCAGGAAGAGACUAUGUGCAAAAUGGUGGUCAUGGGGCGCAACUCGAUGCGCGACCACGGUAAGGAGGAGGAGCUACGCAGUUCCGGAAAUCCAAAGUACGCCCAUCUCAGUCGCGAUUUGCAUGUGGAGAUAUCCACGGUAGCGCCACCAGCGGAGGCGUAUCACAGGAUCAGCUAUGCGCUGGGCGAGAUCCGCAAGUUUAUGAUACCAGAUGCCAACGACGAUAUUCGAUUGGAGCAACUACGCGAGAUGGACGGCAAGGAGCGCAUGUACAAGAAGUCUCACCACUAUUCAAAGUCUUAUGGCGAUCAUGGCGCCUACAGUUCCCGCACCCCGCCCCCUGCUUCUUCGAAGCCUAAAGUCUAUUCGAUUCUGGAGAAGGCACGAUAUGUGAUGGACGAUCCCAACUAUGGGAUCGUAAAGACGCACAGAUCACGGGACCACGAGCUAUACGACCACCAUGGAGAAUAUGAUCGCUAUGCCACACCGCCGCCCCAGACAUCGAAGCACUCGACCCACCACGCCCAGUAUGACAGUAGCUCCUACGAGCGCGACUAUAGGCGUGAGUAUCACCCCCACUCGUCCUCCUCUUCCUACGCGGCGGCCUAUCCAGCAAAACCAAGCAACGGUCGUUCAUCAUCGUCAUAUCGACCAACCACCUCGGGCUCGGGAUCACAUUCAUCUGCUCACUACGAAACUGGAUCCCGAUCUCGAGAAAGCGUGCGAUAUCGCUCGGCUCCAUAUCCGAAAAUACGUUAACCCAUCGAUUUUCCAAAACACCAAGAAACCAACCCCAACCACAACUACAACAACAACUUCAACAACAACCACAACUAAACAAAGUUAAGCAUAAAGAAUAAAAUAUAUUCCAACGAAUUAUCAAAAAAAUGUUUGAAGUCAACAAUCCAACUAUGCACACCUAUUAAAUAUACUAUCUAAACGAAAAUCAAAUAAAAAACGUAACUUUUUAUUCCAAUUAUUGUCCAAUA